CCAGUGUCCUCGCUCAGCAUUUGACAAUCAAGCACCACCAUCCGGAAGUCGCUUGCCGCCGUGGCCGGUCGUGCGAUGCCUGCUACGCAAUCCGGAAAUACCAAUGGGCACCUGCCCGCGGGCCCGGCACCCGCUUCUGCGCCGGCAGCGAGGACGAAGCAAGUUCGUGUGCGGUCUCCUAGCGGGAGCGGUGCAAACGAAGGCAACGAAAGUUCGUCCGCGGAUGCGCGCCCACCACCAAAAAGGGCGCGCAAGGCGAUAAACUGCGAGCCGUGCAGGAACAGCAAACUCAAGUGCGAUAGAAAUCGACCAUGCUCCUCUUGCGUGCUCAGAGGUACGACUGCGCUCUGCUAUCAAGGCCAAGAUGCCUCCGACCCCGGAUUUCGCGGAGCGGUUGAUCCUCAGCGUGCGCCUCUAGACCCUGCGGUCGAGUUCUCGCGCAUCCGACAGUCUCUAGCCCUUCUCGAGUCGCAUGUGUAUCAACAGCCUGUACCGCGGCCCGCGCUUCAUGGAUAUGUCCCCGAACCGCUCCGGCGUUCAUCGCUGCAUUCACCGCACAGCUUGUAUGAUAGGCAGAGUCCCGACAUCGACGGAACACCUCCAGUCAAGGAGAAGACCGAGGAUGUGGAUAUGACCAGUACACCCGGCAUGCUUGGGCGCCAGGCGUCUGGCGGUCUAUAUGCAGGGCCCACCAGCGCGGCCUCGCAUCUCAUCUCCGUAUCGGACCGUGAUGAUUCGGACCACACCGACAGACCGUCCUCCCCUGCGUCCCCGCCGCCGCCCUCCCGGGCUUCAGUCGACGGUGGUGGAGACAUUCUGCACGCGGGGUCCGGGUCCACUGCUACCGGCGUCUGGGACAACGACCUCAUCGCCGCACUCCCGCCGGUGCCCAUUAUCGAUGGGCUCAUCCAGUACUACUUCGAGUACUGCAACUGGAUAUACCGGCACGUUAACGAGCCAUGGCUGCUCAUGGCCUGGGACCGCUACAAGAGCGGGAAGCACGGGGACCGCAUAGUGCUCGCCACGACGUGCAUCCUCAUUGCGCUCGCUGCUCGCUACCUUCCGCCGCGUCAUGGCCUCAUGCAGGGCGUGACCGAUAGCCCUGAGGAGCUUGGAAACAAGUGCUACGGGAUCAUGCGGGAUACGCUACAGCGAUACCGCGCCGACGCAGCAAGUCCCGGGCGGUCCUACUCGCUCGAGCUCGUCGAGCUGCUAUUGGUGCGCUGUCACUACCUCACGUUCGCUAAGGAGGAUCCCGAGGAGACAUGGAGCGUACGCGGGGAGCUCGUGACCAUCGGGACGGCCAUGGGCCUGCACCGCGACCCUGGAUCAACACGAUUCGAAAAGACCGUGGCCGAGCGGCGGCGGUGGGCGUGGUGGCACAUCAUCCUUCUCGAGCGCUGGCAGGCGUUCAUGUUCGGUCGUCCUCUCGCAAUCGCAUCCCACCACUUCAACACGCAGCUCCCGUCGUACUGCGACCCUGCCAUCGACAAGAGCGGUCGAUUAUAUCUGCCGAACAUCGCGUUGUUCCGCCUUGCGUACAUCCUUGGUGACAUCAUGGACGACGCCGUCUCCUUCCGCACAGUGCCGUAUUCGUCGGUGCAGGAAAAGGACAAGGUGCUCACCGACUGGUACGAGUCGCUCCCGCACGAGCUCGACCUGGACGAGUUCCGCAUCGCACGCAGCCUCGCAAGCCCAAUCACGGCGGUGCGCCGCGUCGGCGUGCAGAGCGUCAUCAUCCGCACCGCGUACCACCACAUCCGCUUCACGUUGCACCGGCCGUACGCGAAGGUGCCCGACAGCCUCGACACCGCGGUGAGCGCGGCGUCGCAGCUGAUCGCGCUCGUCGGGCAGACGCGCCCGGACUUCCUCUCGAACUCGGCGCUCGCGGUGCCCGGGCACAUGAACUGGGGCCCGUUCCACGUGUUCUCCGCCGCGAUGUUCUUCUCGUUCCAGCUGAUCACGAAGCCGGACCAGCCCGCGGCGAGUCUUUUCCGCGAGAAUAUCCGCAAGAGUCUUGCGUCGCUGGAGCAGAGCCGCUGGAUGCCCGUCGCGGACAAGGCGCUCACGAUCCUGCAGGCGCUCGCGCCGCUGUACUCGGAUGAGCUACUCGAGCUUGCUCGGGACGAGCGCGAGCACAAGAAGGCGCAGGUACUCAGCCUCGUGCGCACGCUCGCGUUCCCGUACCAGGACGCGCCGUACUCGCGCUCUGUGGACUCCCCAGGCUACAACCUCUACCAGCCAGGCCGGGGCAGCGGUGCGGGCGCCGCUUCCCAGGCGGCUCAUGCGGUGUACCAGAACCACACACAAGCACACACCGAUGUCAUGCACCCGCACCAGCAUCAACCGCACCACCACCAGCCCAUCCUCCAUGGGCACGAGAUGCCUGCUACCACCCAAGCACCCAUCUCCGCUACGCGCUGGACGUCCCAGCCACAAUCCCAACCCCAGCCCCAGUCCCAGGCCGACCUCUCCGUGGCAGCCCCACAGCAUUAUCCCGCUCACCAGUCCCAACACCAGCCCGUCUACUCACACCGCGCCUCCAUCAGCGCUCUCCCCGCGUCACAAUCGCAACAACACCACGGCGGCACCCACACGCACCAAUACUCACCCACGAACGCCUCCCUCGCCCCCGGCCAGUCCUUCCCCGUCCCGCGCUACCCCACACAGGCGCAGCACCCACAGUUGGACGGCAUGCAGCAACAACAGCAACACCACGCGCAGAUGUUCCGCGACGCCGGGGGCGCGGGGCCCGGGCAGGGGCACGUGCCGCCCGGGCACGAGCUCGCGUACGUGCACCCCGCGGACGAGAGCUCGAUGUGGGGCGCGUCGAUCGGGUUCGCGCUCUCGGAGUGGAACUCGUUCGUGGACGUCAUGCAGCGCCCGGACAGCUUCGCGGCGACGAUGGUGCCGGGCCCGACGCACUGAGCGGUCGCCCCGCGUGUCGGCGGAUGCGCGAGCGCUCCGCGGCUGGAGGAGGUGAUAUUUUGGACGGAGGGGGAGCCCACUCCGAGUCAGGGAGCUCCCCCGGCACCUAUCGACACUUGCUAUAAGUAUGGCCGGUCCGCCCCCUUUUCUGUUUCCGUACCCUACCCGUUUCGACCCCCUGCCCCCCUUGUUCCCCUUCCCCCGUGCUUGUAGCUGUUUUUGGUGUUCUGUACGUGCUCUCGUGUCCGGAUCCGUUCGUUGUCCAUAGUUGCUCUCCCACUGCCGCACCACCCACCCACUAGGUAUAAGUAAUAUGUACCAUC